GAAACACAAAGCGCGUGGAUUGAAGCUAGUAAGGAGAAAGGCGAAACUGAUGGUGACAACAGUCACCAUGCUGGAUCGAUUAAUAAAGGAAAAGACGAAGAGGACGAUGACGAGGAUGCAGUGGAGUCACUGUGAAGAGGCAGCUGCUAUUCUUAGGGGCGAAGGCAAAAAACUGACACAGAAAGCACGGAAAUUAAAGGUCGAUCCGAGCUGGGCAUGGCUGAUUCCCAACAAACACUUUUGCCUGGAGAAACGCUGAGAGAUUUUUUCUCUUGGACGAUCAUGUAUUGGCAAAUGGCACCUUACGAUCACACCCAACACACUGGAAAGGAGCUCAGGAAGGAUGGAUUUGACUUGGCAAAGACACGCUACAGAGAACUUAAACCCGUCCUUGACAAGCUCACGAGACUUGAAGCCGACCACAACGCCGAAGAGGAGGCUACCAAAAGCGCAGCAAGAAGAAACGAUAAGUGCAUUGGAGCAAUGAAAUUCCAUCAGCAAGACCCUCAAAAGGAAAAUUUCUUCACACCUUGUCCGACGUUGCAAAGUGAGAGUUUUCGACUGCCAGACUCCAGUCACCUGAAAAUUUAAAAAACCUUUUUAGAAGUCUGCACUAAUUUUCCA